CGUAGUACGUUUCAAGCCUUCCUUUCUUCCUCUCCUAUCCUCACCCACAUACCGAUCGCAGGUACCUGCCAAACUGUAGGUACCUAUUACUUCGUAGGUAUGUAUGUAUGUAUGUAUGUAAGUAUGUACCUAGGUAUGGUACCUAGGUAGGUUAAGGGCAUGUUCGUCCCUGGAGGUCCCCACUACAGAACACAAUAACCCCCUGUACCUAACUCACCCCGCCUCUACUGCCCCUGGAUCCUAAUACCCACCCACGUACUAUGUAUGGUACAGCCGAUGACGUCCAGAGCCGCGCCAGAAUCUCUUAAGCGCCCAACGCCAUUCGUAACUCUGUUUCGAGACAGACAACGCUACCACCAACUGCCGCUGUCGCCCUUUCUGUCUUGUCGAAGCUACAAUCGUGGUACGGCCGCUCAAACACUGUCGCACUGGUAGAUUGAAUGGCCCACGGGCGUCGCCUCUUCUCCCCAGAUAGAUAAUCACCUAAUUAGUAGCCUCUUCUCUUCUCAGUUGCCCUUUUAUCCUGACUACCUAGGUAGUUGCUUUCCACGGCUCAGGGUCAGGUACAGACCAGACCGUCUUGUUUGCCUACCCACUUUAGUUCCGCCAAAUUCGUCUGGGCUGCUAUGCUUGCCGCGCAUACCACACACGCCGCACCCAGCAUUGGUACCUGACCACCUAUCUUGUCCACACGCCACACUAUGUCGUCGUCAUCGGCAUCUAGGAAGUCCUACAUCAACCGACGUAUCGACAGCAUCCAAAGUGUACGGAGCAACAGCGGGAGGAGGAGCCGCGCCGCCUCGUCUGCGCGGCCUGCCCCCGUGAGCCACGACGAUGCCUACUCGUACGCUCUCCGUGUCGCUUACCUUCACUACCUCGUCCAGCCCAAGACGAAGCGAAAGCAAUGGGUUCCUGCGCCGAAACCCCCUCCUCGAACUCAUACCUCCAAUAUCGGCGACCUGGUAAAGGAGUUCGUACCAGGGAACUCGACCAGCGUCAAGCUUCCUCAUUCCUUCCAUACCCCUCUGCUGAAGCGGAUGGAGGGCGUCAUCAGGGGCUCCGAGACUCUCCCUGGAUACAAUGACGCCGCUGUUAAGAAGACUUUUGCCCAGGCCUACACUGCCUUUACAGAGACCGGUUUCAAGAAAAGCAUCGAUAAGGAGCGGAAGGUUGAGCCCUUGGUUUUGAUUUUCUAUUCUGCCGCCACCAAAGCUUGCAGCCUCGGGCAUACCCCAGGGGAUGAUUCGUGGAAGCUUCUUGUCGAUAGACAUGUAGCUCUCUUCGUGAGGCUUGUCACUCACAUUCUGCGAGCCCAGGGGAGUGACAAAGACAAACCCGAACUCAUGAGCAGACUGAGCACUCUGGAAAAUAAGCUCCUUACAAACGACCAGAAUCUCUUUAUUGACACGAGCCAGGACGCAGGCAAGCAUAUUGAAGUCAUCGUUCCCCUAUCCUACGACGUCAAGGAUAUGCCCAUGGUCCAGGCUGUUGCCAAAAUAUUUGGGCUUGCACAUUCCGAUGUUCAAAGCCAUUUAGACACCCAACGGCCCAAUUGGACCGAGGAAGCUGCUCUUAAGGAUCUAAAAGCAUACCAACAUCGAUUAAAUGCCAACAUGCCUGGCGUUUUACAGAGUCAGGACUUCGAUGUUGAGGAGGCAUAUCAAGAUUGGAAAAAGGCCGAAGCUCCCUUCCUGUCGAGUAUGAUGAUGGAAAUUCUUACGGCUAAACCAGAACUUGCCAAAAAGUCUUCAGGCGCUAGUGCGGCUUCUGAGAAGCCCUUGCCAGGGAGUCCCAGCGCCGGAUACGGGGAGGACCAGUCGUACGCGGAUCUGGGUCGGGCAUUAUCCAACCCAAACAGGAACUCAAUGUAUGGCAUGGAUCAUAGGCUCAGCCUGAGCUCCAUGACACUUGAAGAUACUGGUAUUAGGGCUGUUGAUGAGACGCAUUAUUCUUUCAUCCCUUCUGACCCCCGGGAGUUCUUGAAAGUCAUCGCCAAUUAUGCCUUGGAGUUCGAUGCCAUGCAUAGUGAUGGAGACGAACAGAAUGGCCCAUUUUCGAAGCAAUCUAUGGAGCUUUUGACAGAACUCUGUGUUCGCUGGCGAAUACCUCAGUUCACCCGCCUCGUGGUCUUCCUGGAAGUGGCCGCCCGCAGAUUCACAGACACGCUAUUCACAACUAUAGAUCUGGAUACUGCAUUUGAAUUAGUCAAGAGUCCGCCACCUGAAAAGGAACUCAAAAGACCCCCACACAUAUAUCUAUUUAGUGAGAGCCUCGCAAGCAUUGAUCGAGGUAGAUGGACUAUUACCGAUUUUGCGACGUAUAAGCAGACACUAUAUAAUCUUCAUGAUGCGCUUCUAAGAGAACUUUAUGAUAUUCUUAUGCAUUGCUACCAGUCAAAGCCCCCUUCGGCGGGCCCAUCAGUUCACGUGUUGCAGACUCACAUCUUUGAUGAUCCCAGCUUCUCCCAGAAAGAAGAGGAGGCAAUGGAAUAUACUAAGAUGCUUCAAGACGGCAUGGCAGAACAAGCUGCUGCUGCUUAUCGCGGGUUUUUGGAUGCUGAGAUACCUCCGGAUCAACAAGAUUGGAAUUUCAGUCACGUGAAGAACCUCGGAAAUUCAGUUGUCAAACUUUGCGAAAAGAUCCAAAAGCGCUACAGGAGUAAUCCGGUAAUCAUGGGAGUCAACCCCUUGACCGUUCUUGCCGAAACUAUAUUUCCAAGCUUUGAAAACGAUGCUCAUGAGCUAGUUAAGAGGAUCGUGCAAGUUGCACGAGACAAGGGAGACGAGCUUCCUCUACAAGAUGGUUUUGAUCUUUACAAGGAUCUUGUUGAAAUUCGGCGCAUCCACCGGUCAUCACUUCCCAACCAACCCUUCACGUUUGACGUUGAAGAGCUUCUCGUAGAUUUUGUAUGGCGGUGGAUUCAAAAUGCAGAGGAGCGGGCUGAAGAAUUCGUGGAACAGGCAUUGAAGCAUGACCAGUUCCAAGUUCGCGGCCAAGGAUCUGAUCAAAUUUCCAGAGAUGCUGACCGCCACAGUCAUUCAGUGAUUGACAUGUUUCAGAUGUUCCACCAGACAGCCGACCAAGUAUUCCAGUUGGAAUGGGAUAACGAUGUCCAUCAUGCUCGUUUCAUGACAGCUUUGUCAAAAAUCUUUGCUAACAGUAUCGCUCGUUACUGCGAAAUCGUGGACCAACGUUUUGUUAAGGAGAUGGAUACACCUAGACCUAAUGAACAGGAAGCAGCUGGAGGAGCCCAGACAACGCAGAGCAGAUUUAUGCAAUAUGCGAAAGACGCAUGGAACAAUAAAGAGAAGAUGGAGCCUUUUCAAUUCUAUCCAGAGUCUCUGGUCAAAUUGAACAACAUCGAAUGGGCCAUGCAGGAAUUGGAUAAGCUCGAGAGAACCAUGAAUGUCGAUGCGUGUGCCGCGAUAUUAGAGAAAGUGGAUGGGCCUAAAAGACAGGUCAGACGACCAGCGAAAUACGUUUUUACUAUCAAGAUCGUUGAAGCCGAAGAGAUCAAGGCAUGCGAUCCAAACGGGACUAGCGAUCCUUAUGUCGUUCUUGUGGAUGAAUACCAGAAACGCCUGCACAAAACACGAAUUAUUAUGAGGACACUGAGCCCUCGGUGGGACGAAUCUGUGGAUGUGACAGUGACUGGCGCGCUCAACAUUGUUGCAACAAUCUGGGAUUACGAUACCUUUGGUGACCACGAUUUUGUGGGCAGAACUUCUCUGAAGCUGGACCCAAUCCAUUUCAGUGACUAUUUACCAAGAGAGUUCUGGCUUGAUCUUGACACUCAAGGUAGAAUUCUCCUUCGAGUGAGUAUGGAAGGAGAACGCGACGACAUCCAGUUCUAUUUUGGCAAGGCUUUUCGACAUCUGAAGAGAACUGAGCGUGAUAUGGUUCGCAAAAUCACUGAUAAGCUAUCGAGACAGAUUAACGCAUCAUUAUCAUACGAAGCCCUGCGUAGUCUUCUAGGCCGCAACUUGGCUUCCCAGGUGAACUCGUUCUUCAAACGGAGCUCGACACUUCCUGUGAUUACUGAUGCCGAUGUCGAAAAUGCCCUCCAAUCUCUUUUCGCAUAUUUUAAUGACAACUUUGCCACGAUGAAACAGACUUUAACCGAUGCGACAAUGGUAGCGGUAAUGACACGCCUAUGGAAAGAGGUUCUUAUGGCAAUUGAGGCCCUCGUUGUGCCGCCCUUGUCUGAUAAACCUUCUUCCCAACGUCCAUUGGGCCAGCGAGAGCUCGAUGUAGUUUUCAAAUGGUUGAAAUUGCUCUAUAGUUUCUUCAACGCGCAAGACGAGAAUGGAGAGGUCUUGGGUGUACCCGCCGAGGUUCUCAAAUCGCAUAAGUAUCAUGAGCUCAAUUCGCUUAACUUUUUUUACUUUGACCCCACCGAGAACCUUAUCAGGACAUCUGAGCGCAUGGCAGCGGCAACUGCUCAGCGGCAACAACAGCAACUUCAAGGCCAGAUGAACUCGAACCGUCUGUCAGCACCCCCGACUUUUGGUGGUGCGGCUGCAGGGCCGGCUUUUGCAAGCAUGGGCACCAUUCGUAGAGGCAAAAGCAUCAUGAUGAGUCGAAACCUUGGUACAAUGCGCCGUGCCAAGGAAGAGAAGCGAAAGGAAGCUCAGGCUGACCCAUCUGAUGACAUGAUACUCCGGAUUCUACGUAUGCGCCCAGAAGCAGCCGGCUAUCUCAAAGAGAGGCACCGACAGAAAGAACGAAUGGCUGCGGCGGCUGCGGCGGCAAUGAUCGUAAAGCAGAGCGUCAGUCAAGGCUGGAACACUGGGGCGAGCUUUGGUCGAGGUGGCAUUCCACGACGUUAAGUCAAAGCUGCAUAAAGCGGUAAGCGAGUAUCUGAGCUCGAUCUUCCGAAAUCUCAAGAUUGGUGGGCAGGAUUAAGCUAUAACUUUGCGGCUCAAAGAUCUGUAUUUCUUUAUCCCUCCUGGCGUGUCUGUUCCCAAGGCUUUACUUGAAGGCGAGAUCAGCGUCGUUGAUCGGCGCGGUGGGCUUAUAAAGCUUUUUCUUUCAUUAUCCCUUCCAAUUAACUAUCCGAUACCCCCACUCGAAAUUACAUCUUGUCUAUGGAAAUCUCUUCGCGAAUUUUAGGUGUGUUAUAGACUUCCGAUCAUUGAACCAUUGCGUGGUAUUUUUGUUGGCGAUAUGAAUAUAGCAUGCUUUUGAGGUUUAUCCGAGGGGCGGUGUUUCAUCUACAUUAGGAACCUUGAUAGUAACAUGAUGAUUGUUUUUACACGACAUACUGCAUUGUUAUUGUUGGAGGAGAAACCGUAGCCUGCAAAGGUUAAUAGUACCUUGUAUAUGAGACCAACGGCUUGAGCUCUUGCUUAAUCAUCCUACGGGGUUCGGAUGUGGGAAGAUAUGCUACUCGCUGUGCCAACAUGCUUUUAACUCUUACUCACUUUUCUUUCUUUCCAUUAUUGUCAAAUUAGUGUUAUCGUGAUUUUUGGUGUUUUACAAUUGACUGG